AAUCUUGCAGUAAUACCACAAAAGUCGAAUUUAAUCUUGCAAAUGUUGUUGCAAGCAAACGCCUAUGUCUCAAUACUCUGGAGCGUCAGCUAUUUGCUGCAUCUCUGCUUCUGGUCGCAUCUGCUGUGGAAUUAUACGGGUCUGGCCAUGCUGCUGGCAUACGUGCUGGCCGUUGGCACUGAGUGGUUGCGUCUCUAUGCCAGCUACUCCAUCAAUCUGACCACAAAUGCCACGACCAUGUGGCUGUUUCUAACACUGACGCCCUGUGUGCUGUUGCCUGCCUUGGUCUACUUGCGUCUGGCCGUCGUCUAUGCCAACCUCUGGCUGCACUUGCUAUCGCAUGCACAAUUUGUGCUCAUCGGACUGGAGACGCUAACGGCGCUCAUCUGCCACGUUUGCAGCCUGGCCAGAGACAAGAGGAACGCAAAUGCACUCAAAUCAAAUGGGCAGCUAUAAAAUGUAUGUGAUAGAACAUUAAAUAUGUA